AUGUCUAGCAAGGGUCUACGUAUUUUAGUUCCAGUUAAGAGGGUUAUCGAUUACCAAAUCAGACCAAGAGUUAACAAGACCAAGACUGCCAUUGAAACUACAGGUGUCAAAUUUAGUAUUAAUCCGUUUGACGAUAUUGCAUUAGAGGAGGCAUUACGUAUCAAGGAGAAGAAAAAGGCUACUGUGGAUGCAAUUCAUGCUAUUUCCAUAGGACCAUCCAAGUCUCAAGACAUUUUGCGUAACUGUUUGGCUAAAGGUGCCGAUACUUCGACAUUGGUGGAUGCCGGUAGUCAAGAAUUAGAACCACUAGCUGUUGCCAAAAUACUUAAACAAGUUGUGGAAAAGCAGGGUUCCAAUUUAGUUAUCUUGGGUAAGCAAGCCAUUGAUGACGAUAACAACAAUACCGGUCAAAUGUUGGCAGGUAUGUUAAACUGGCCUCAGGCAACAAACGCUGCUAACGUUGAAUUUGAAAAUGGCGGUGACAGAAUUAAGAUUACAAGAGAAGUUGAUGGUGGUGAAGAAAUCGUCAGUGCUCCUCUGCCACUCGUGAUUACUACAGAUCUACGUCUAAACCAACCUCGUUAUGUAGGUCUUCAGAAUUUGAUGAAGGCCAAGAAGAAACCAAUGGAUAAGUUGAAGCUAAAGGAUUUCGCGGAUUUGGAUUUGGAAUCACGUUUGAAACUGUUGCAAGUUGUGGAACCUGAACCACGUUCUCCAGGUAUCAAGGUUGGUUCUGUUGAUGAAUUGGUUCAAAACCUAAAGGAUGCUAAAGCCAUUUAA